AAGUUUUAUUUCUUCUCUGUUCAAUUUUCCCAGUUCUCUCAAAGUCUCAAACACUUCAACACUGUAGGGUUUAGGGUUUAUGGUCAAAAUUCCUGAGACAGUAUAUGGGAACGAACCCAAAUCAAGCUGAAGUCGAAACGAUUGGAUGCGGUGGUCGAUUGCGACUGCGAUUGCUUCAACGGCUAAGGGGUUUCUCCAUCUUCAUCAGCAUUUUCUGAAGAACAGUAAUCCUGGGAUUGCUCUUGCUCCGUCGUUGAGAUUUCGUUUCUGGGUACGAGCUUUUUCUGAUGCUACUACUGAUUAUCGAGAGGUAUUGAGAAGUGGGCUUCAAAGUAUUAAGUUCAAAGAUGCAUUUGAUUUGUUUGUACUCAUGGCUGAUUCUUAUCCCCUACCUUCAAUUGUUGAAUUCAAUAAAGUAUUGACUGCUAUUUCUAAGAUGGAGAGGUACGAUGUUGUGAUUACUCUCUGGAAAUGUAUGGAAAAUGCAGAAGGUAUUGAAAUUUCACCUGAUCUCUAUACUUGUAAUAUUUUGGUGAAUUGUUUCUGCCGCUGCUUUCAACCCUCUUUGGCUUUAUCUUAUUUUGGGAAGAUGAUGAAACUUGGUAUUGAGCCUGAUAUUGUAACUGCUAGCUCUCUGGUCAAUGGAUUCUGUCUCAGGGAUAGUAUUAACGAUGCUGUUUAUGUGGCUGGCCAAAUGGAGGAAAUGGGAAUUAAACGUGAUGUUGUUGUCGACACCAUACUCAUUGAUAGUCUUUGCAAAAAGAGACUUGUGGAUAGCGCGCUGGAGCUUUUCAAACGUAUGAAAAACAGAGGAAUUUCACCGAACGUUGUUACCUACAGCUCUCUCAUAACUGGCCUUUGUAAUUCCGGUAGAUUGACUGACGCCAACAGACUACUGCUCGAGAUGAUCUCCAGGAAAGUCAACCCUAAUGUUAUCACUUUCAGUGCAUUAAUCCAUGCAUAUGUGAAAUGUGGGAAGCUUUUAAAGGCUGAUGCUGUGUACGAGAAGAUGAUCCAAUUGUCUAUAGAUCCUAAUGUUUUCACUUACAGUUCACUUAUCAACGGGCUUUGUGUGCACAAUUGUGUAGAUGAGGCCAGAAAAAUGCUUGACUUGAUGAUAAGCAAGGGGUGCGCCCCAAAUGUAGUCACUUACAGUACUCUUGCAAAUGGAUAUUUCAAGUCGGCGAGGGUACAUGAUGGGAUUAAUCUUUUAUACGAGAUGUUUCAAAGAGGCGUGGCUGAAAAUACAGUCUCUUGCAACACGCUUAUCCAGGGCUAUUUUCAAGCAGGCGAUAUAGAUCUCGCUCUAGGCGUUUUUGGAAAUAUGACUUCUAAUGGUCUGCCUCCCAAUAUUAGGAGCUACAACAUUGUGUUAGCUGGUCUAUUUGCUAAUGGGGAGGUAGGGAAAGCAUUGAAAUGCUUCGAACAUAUGCAAAAGACUAGAAAUGAUCUUGAUAUUAUUACAUUUACUAUCAUGAUUCAUGGGAUGUGCAAGGCUUGUAUGGUGGAAAAAGCAUAUGAUUUGUUCUGUAAGCUCAAGUUCAAAGGAGUUGAGCCUGAUUGUGCAGCAUACACGACAAUGAUCUCAGGAUUGAAUAGGGCUGGCAUGCGGACUGAAGCAAAUGCGCUGAAUAGAUUUUACCAAAAGGCACGCGCACUGAAACGAAAGCGCAUCAGCUGAAGUAUCCUAGGGGAUUUUUCUUGAGGGACAUUUACAGACUCGGAGCUUGCAAGAUAUCUCUCUUCAGGCUCCCUCUUAUCGGAUGCAAGAACACAAAUCUUUGAUGGAAGCCAGCGCAUCGAAGAAUACAACAGUGUGGCCAGAAAAUUCAAACGCAACGUUGAACAAUGAGCGGGAACAAUCCACAUGACAUGGUCUUAGAUCCACGAAAAAUCCUGAAGUAUAUGGUUUCCAAUCUACAACUGGAUACUAGGAGAUGAUAGAUUGGACCUUUUCACAUGUUUGGAUGCAAGCAAAUAUGGAUUUUGGGACUCGUCAUAUGCAGCCCAUACCGCAAACAUGUUCCGUAAGAUGCUACAUUCUUUCUUCUACUAAUUAAACUCUGUUUCUGUGUUGUAUUUGUUACAAAUCUACCAAUGAUCACUCUCAGGUUGCUUGAUAUUGUUUGAAUCAAGCUUCCAUAUUGUUGUAAAAGAACCAAAUUUUCCCACUAUAUCGUGGAAGUGUAAGUACUUAAAGAUGUUCUUUUAAUGUUA